AUGAACCGCUUAUUCGGCUCCAAGCCCACGGGCCCCAAACCCACACUCAACGGCGCCAUAAACAAUCUCGACACCCGCAUCUCCUCCCUCGACACCAAACUCAAAGCCCUCAACGCCGAGCUAGGCGCCUACCAAGAAAAGCUCUCCCGCAUGCGCGACGGGCCCGGAAAGCAAGCGAUGAAGCAAAAGGCGCUCAAGGUGCUGCAGCGCCGCAAGGCGUACGAGGCGGAGAAGGAUAAGCUCGAGAGCCAGGUGUGGAACAUGGAGCAGGCGAACAACAUGCAGGACAACCUCAAGAACGUCAUGACGCAGGUGGAUGCCAUGAAGACGACCAACAAGGAGCUCAAGAAGCAGUACGGAAAGAUCGACAUCGACAAGAUUGAGCGGCUGCAGGAUGAGAUGGCGGAUUUGAUGGAUGUGGGUAAUGAGAUCCAGGAGAGCUUGGCGAGGAGUUAUGAUAUUCCUGAUGAUGUCGAGGAGGACGAGUUGGAUGCUGAGCUCGAGGCUUUGGGGAUGGAAGUUGAGAUGGAGCAUGAGAUGGGUGGUGCGGUGCCGGGUUUCCUGCAAGACGAAGUCGUGCCAGAUUUUGUCGACGAGCCGCCCCAGACUGAGGACAAGGUGAAGCAAGUUGCUGGUUAA